GACAUCGAGUAACAAUCAAGCAGAGAUCUUGAAUAUAAUCUUAUCUUUUAAAUUCUUAAUUUUUUUUAAAUUUUGAAAUCUAGAUUUAAAGUAAGGUCUGAAAAAAGUCAUAUGAACUAUUCAAAGACGGGUUGACAGACCCCAACUUAAAUCCUAUUUGAGAGUGUUUAAAGAAUGAGGAGGAGAAAUAAUAAUCUCCGGGCUAGGUUUCUCCUAGCUCCCUUUCUCCUAAACCAAACGCUGGUAUCCGGAGUAAUUCCAACCGGAAAAUUCUCCUCUCUCACACAAGGUUUGCAGAGCGAUAUCUGCGGAGAGAACGAGUUCAAGUGCCUGGACGGAUCCAAGUGUAUUCCAACCCGUUGGUCCUGUGACGGGGAGAGGGAUUGCGGAGAUGGAAGUGACGAGGAUGAGAAGAUGUGCUCGGCCAGGUCCUGUUCCAAGGACGAGUGGAAAUGUAAACCUGGACAGUGUCUCCCCUUGUCCUGGCUAUGCGACGGACACCCGGACUGUGACGAUGGUUCGGACGAAUCCGUCUGUAGUAAAUCGUGUGGGGUAGAGGAGUUUCAAUGUACAAACGGAUUAUGUAUCCAACCUUUGUGGCGAUGUGACGGUGAAGACGACUGCGGAGAUGGUUCCGACGAACAAAAAUGCAGUCAGCCGUUGAAAUGCGGGAAAACUGAUUUUGAAUGCCGGGACGGACAUUGCAUACACAAGAGGUUUGUUUGUGACGGAGAUUCAGAUUGUAUGGAUGGAGAAGAUGAGUUAAACUGCAGCGAACACUCUGAAACUCUGAUUGGAAACUGCACUGCUCUCGAAUUUCGAUGCAGAGAUCAGCAUUUCUGUGUCCAGUCCAAGUGGGUUUGCGAUGGACAGAGAGAUUGCCCGGACGGGAGUGAUGAGAGCGUUGAGGAGUGCGGGAUCAAGAAGGAAUGUUCUCCGAGUGAGUUCAGUUGUGACUCCGGAGAAUGUAUUACCGGUGUUCUCCAGUGCUCUGGAGCUAGGGACUGUAAGGACGGAUCCGAUGAGAAUAAUUGUGGUAACCCUGUUGCAAGCUGUGAUCCUGUAUCUGAGUUUGACUGUGGGGACGGAAAGAUGUGUAUCCCCCUGGAGAAAACAUGUGACGGGAAGAACGAUUGCGGGAGUUGGGAGGAUGAACCUAAAUCAUGUCGGAAGAACGAAUGUUUAACCAACAAUGGUGGUUGUGAGCAGGUAUGCCUGGAUACACCAACCAGCUACAAGUGUGCCUGUCAGCCUGGAUACAAACUAGGGUUCAACAAUACCUGCCAGGAUAUGAAUGAAUGUGAAACUCCCGGCUCCUGCUCUCAAGUCUGCCUGAACCAACCUGGAAGCUUCAAGUGUGAAUGCCUACCUGGAUACAGGAAGGAUACUCAUCAACCCUCUAGAUGUAAAGCAGAGGAAGGUCAUCUAUCCCUGCUAUUCUCUCAUAAGAGCGAUAUAAGAAAACUAUCCCUGGAGAGGAGAUCCUUGACAUCCAUCGUGAACUCAACCAGGUCCUCCUGCGCCCUGGACUACGUCUUCAAGACAGGGAUGAUAUUCUGGUCUGACGUCAUGGAGGAGAAAAUAUACACCGCUCCGAUAGACGAGGGUUGGAGGAAGGAAGUAGUUGUAACUAGCUCCGUUCUGACUGCAGAUGGUCUAGCAGCAGACUGGAUCUACUCCCAUCUUUACUGGACGGAUACAGGGACUAAUACUAUCUCUAUGUCGGAUUUCCAAGGGAAGAUGAUUUCAGUUCUUGUCAAGGAUGAUCUUGAAGAACCAAGAGCUAUCGCUCUUCAUCCCAGACUAGGCUGGAUGUUCUGGAGCGAUUGGGGAUCCAAACCCAAGAUAGAGAGAGCAGGGAUGGAUGGAUCGCAUAGAUCAACAAUCCUCGAGGAAUCCCUUCACUGGCCAAACGGGAUCACCCUUGAUAUAAUCCUGGAUCGUAUCUACUGGAUUGAUGCGAAACUUAACCUCAUUGGAUCAGCAGAUCUGGACGGAUCUAACUCAAGGGUUAUCCUGUACUCCUCGACCCUGCUCAAGCAUCCCUUCAGCCUGACCGUGUUCGAGGACUUGAUGUACUGGUCCGACUGGCACACGCACGCCAUCUACCAGGCGGAUAAAUUUAAUGGAUCUAAUCCUACUCCAGUCACUAGCACUCAUAUGAAGGAGAUGCCGAUGACAGUUCACAUGUACCAUCCUCUCCGACAACCGGAGCUACCAAACCAUUGUAUCCCAGUUAACGGAGAAUGCUCUCACUUCUGCGUCCCAGCUCCGAGAAUAACUGAGAAUUCUGCCAAAACGGCCUGCGUAUGUCCGAUGGACCUGGAGCUGGACGCGGAUCAUAAAACCUGCGUGAGAACCACUAUUGAAGUUGACUCCCCUGAGACGUAUAAUAUACCCGGAGAGGAUGAAGAUAAAUCUGCUCUGGUUGCUCCAAGUGUGGAGCUGACCAAUGUCUCCGGAAUGUUGAUCGGUUGCUCUGCUGCUGUCAUGGUGAUUAUGAUCAUGGUUGGAGUAUAUCUGUAUAGGAGACAGCACCUGAAAAGACUUCCAACCAUAAACUUUGAUAAUCCUGUGUACAAGAGAGGAGGCGGAGAAGUUGAACCCAACCUAGAGAGAGUUUAUAUUCAACGAGAGAACGAUUAUAUCGAUAUUGCGAUCAAUGAAACUCAGGGCUUAAUAAUUGGAGGACCCUGGAUCACCUUGUCAUAAUUUAUUGAGUAUGUCGAGAGUGGAGGAUAGAGUUCUCUAAGAUUAAUCUUUUACCAGUUCUGUAUUAGGACAAUAUUAUCUCACCUAUAGAUCAUGGAACAAUUAGUUAUAAAUAAUUACAUAAAUGUAAGCAGUUGGGGACACCAUGCAAUCUUUCGAAAUCCUUGAAAUAAUUUAGGAUUGAUUUAAAUGUUAUUUUUUAAGCAUUUUUCAUAAUGUUGUCCCUUUUGCCAGCUUUUAGACUGUAAAAAAGGUUUCCAGACAUAAAUAGAUUUUUUUAUUUGUU